AUGUAUAAUUCUUUUGUAUUGCUCAGACCCUGUCAGGAUGCGAGAAUUCUGGGAGGAUUACAUCACUCACCCUCAGCUGAGUUACCACUGGUUGAGGAUUACAUCGCUCCUUCAGCCGAAUUGCCACUGGUCAUAGCAAAACUAGAAAUAGCCCAACUCAACAGAGUUAAGAUUCACCACACAGCCUUCCAGCUUAGUAAAGAAUACAAACAUAGAAAUGAUCUUGCAGUAUUCAUUUGCCGAAUAUCUGGUAUCAAGACUCUGGAAGGAUUACAUCACUCCCUCUCAACCGAGUUGCCACUGGUCGUAGCAGAACUGCUAGAAAUGGCCCAACUCGAUGGAGCUGAAAAUUAUGUCAAUGCGUUAGUCUCUCCAGUAACAAAUAUGACUGAAAUUCCAAUUUUAAAACAAAAGAGAACGUAUAGAGUGCCUGAACAAUCUGGUUACCAUAGCUUCUUUAAAGUAACUAAUGUUUGGAUGUGGAUUUUCUCUAAAUUUGUUGCGUUCUUAAUCGACACUAAUGAUGAUGAUGCAAAUCCUAGUUCUGCAGUAAAUGUAUGGCUGCCCAAAAUUGCACUAGCAAAACAAAUUGCUAGAGCAUCCGAAGAACUUUGUUCUACCGCCACAUCUGGAAAGCGUGAUCGGGUAUUUGCUUCUUACAUGAUGUAUGAAAAACCGUGUCCUAAAGUUCAAAAGGUUGAUCACAAUGUCCUAUACGACCCCAUAGAUGAAUCUUUUUCUGGUCCAUCUACAUCAGGUGGCCUUUCCAAUGCUUCAGAUCUCUCUAGCUCUGAAAUCAAUUUCAGUGUGCUUAGUAACACCUCAAUUAAUAAAGACGAGCAAAUAUCAUCAUCAUCUAAUGAAACAAGCGAACGGAAUAAUGAUGAGACGAGCCUGUCAAAAAUGAAACAAAAAGAAUCAUACGAAAAUGAUUUAGUUAAAUCCAUCGACGAAUCGAGUUUAGGAAAAGAAAUAUCGUUACCCGUUUCAAAAAAGAAAAUUGAUGUUUCAAAACAAGAUAAUUUUUGGCAAGGCAUUUUAAAGAAGUUUAUUGGGUUAUUGGGACAUUUUCAACUUAACACAAGAGAGUGUGCAGAAUUCUCUCAGAGCGAAAUUAACCAAAUAUCACAAGAUUUUUCUGAUCGCGUUCGUUGGUCCCCAAAACUGGCUCCUAAAUAUCUCCAAAGAUAUUUUGAAUCGAACUGUGAUCCUUCUAAGGUUGUGGAUAUCGAGGAUUAUGCAAUGUUUGAAAAUCUCCACACUAAUAUUCAAUAUGCGAUAUAUCACUCUACAAAGAGAACUAAGACAGAGGAGUCACUAAAAUUUACAACGAUGUACCCUCUGUUUAAUGGAGUUGUGGAUCGAUCAUUAGUUAAUGAUAUAUGGGGUGAGGUUCAGGUGCUUAGCUCCAAAGAGGCAAGGAAUGAAGAUAUAAAUCCAUUCAUUAAGUCUCGCAUGGGAAGAAAAGUAGACAUGAAGGGGGACUUGAAAUAUCUUCACGAUGAUCAAAGAAAAACAAUUAUUGUAUACGGCUGGAUACUUGCAGAUUAUUGUUCAUUUCUGUCAAAUAAAAAAAGUUCUGCAUUAUAUGAAGGUGUCUAUUGUCUUUUAAAGGAAUUGGAGAGGAAGUUAUUUGAAACAGAAGCACUUAUCCAAGAAUUACAUUUGGAGAAUAUGCGUGGAAAGUGUAGACGAACAACUAUCAAGAAUAGUCCAGAUCUCAAUCUUAAAAGAACUUCUAAUUGA